UCACUCAGAGCAGUCACACUCCCUCGGCUCUCUUUCUCUCUUGCUCGCUCUCCCUCCCAUUCUUCUGUCUCGAAUAGCUAAUCGCUCUGAUUGGGAUGAGUCUUUCCUGUGUGUAUGUUUGUGUUUCUUUGGCUGAGCCAGUUGCUGAAGUGGAGUGAAGUGCUUUCACCAAAAGAGAAACGAGGAACCAGCAACUUGCUGCUUGGGAUAAAAGGAAAAAAUCUGUAUGAUAUGUUUUGUUUCGGAUGUGGCGUUGCACAGAGAGGAGAGGGAUAGUCACAGACUGUGAACCGCUCCAGAGUCAGCACUUUGAUGCAAAUCCAUUGAUCAGCCAGUGAAGGAAGUCCCAGAGGACAGACAGCGAGUGACAGGUUACCCUGCUGUGGGAUCCUAUCCCACUCUGUGUUGUUGUCUUACAUACUCCUCCCGUGCACCUGGCUGGGGACCUCCUGUUGCAUGCUUGUUCUGAGAGUGAAUUCUGCCAGGGUUUUGAAGCUGUUUGUGCUGUUCCCUGACCAAUAUGUUGAUUCGGGCUGACUCAACGAGAGCCCUGUGUGGAUCAGUGAAGUGAGGGUCUGACUGUAGGACGGUUUGCUAUUUGGAUUGGAUUGGAGAGCCACCCUGGGAGGGUUUCAGAAGUGUAAGCAAAGCAUGAAUGUACACCAUUGAACAGUCAACUGGAGCGAUGAAGAAGGACUGUCUCCCAGCGACACAGAAGAAGAAAAAGAAACCUAAACACAGUUCCAUCCCUCGCACCUCGAGCUUUCUCCAUUUGGCCUCAUUCACCAAGCAGAGUAAGCAGCUGUUCCGCAGCGAUGGUGAGCUAGCAUCUGUUUGCGCACAGCAAGACCCUGAUGAGGAGAACUGGACUUACUCGCCGCAAUGUGCCAACGCCAUCUCUAACCUGGAUGAAGAGAGCAGAUGGACGGUCCACUAUAAGGCAUCGUGGCACCAGCAGGAGAAUGUGUUCCUCCCGUCGAGCCGGUCUCCCUGUGUGGAGGACCUGCACCGGCAAGCCAAGGUUAACCUGAAGACCGUGCUGCGAGACUGCGAUAAACUGAGGAAGGAUGGUUUUCACAGUUCCCAGUACUACUCACAGGGCCCAACAUUCACCUCGCCAUCAUCAAAUCACUCUGCUAGUUGCCUGGAUGAGGAGGAGGAUCAGGAGCGAGUGCCUGCGGUCUCAUCUGCCAAGGAAGAAAAGCUGCACUAUUCCAGGAGAUCUAAAACCCCAGUACCCAGUGACCUCUCUGAGAUUGAUGUCCAGACCAACUGGACCAAGGCCCUGCCACUGCCUACGCCAGAGGAGAAGAUGCGCCAGCAAGCCCAGGCCGUACAGAGUGAUGUCAUCCCAAUCAAUGUAACAGGUGAGAGCUUCGAUCGCCAGGCGGGCACCAGGCGCUCUCUUGUCCGCUCAGACGCUGCGCUGAGACGGACUACGAGAAUCAAACGGAGAAAGACAAUCACCGGGCUACCUGACACUGUCCAGAAGGAACUAGGCUCUGGGCAGACGCCAGCCAGAGGUCACUCUGUUAUCCUGGCUGGCCACUAUUCCACCAUGAGUCGCCUGGAAAGCAGCAAGGCCAACAGGGGGAGGUCAGCCACCAGAGACUCCUCCUGUCAAACUGAAGAGGUCAAGGUGGUCCCGCCUUCCGUCCGGAGAAUCCGGGCCCAGAAGGGCCAGGGCAUCGCGGCCCAGCUAUCCCAAUCAUCGGCCGACAUGUCUUGCGGCGGAGACAGAGACAGUGCGGUGCGUGCCGGAGCUGAGCAGCCACGUUUCCACAGCCUUCCACGUCCCGGAGCCAGGGUCUCUCUGCAUGAGCUGGCAGACGCACGCAGGUCACUGGGUCGGUCCGAGGAGCGAUUCCCGGGCCCACAGGGCGAGCUGGUAGCGGAUGCGACAGGCUCCCAGCUCCAGGCCCGUUCCCCGUCAACCCGCUGUGACCCCGGGGAUGAGCCAGGCACCAUGCGUCCCGCCCAGGUCUCUGCCCGGGCCGCACUCCCCUCCAAGGCCGAGGUGGUGACCAUUCGCACAUCGCGGGGGCAGCCUGGGCGCUCUCCUCCUCCUCCUCCGCCCUCCCCGGGUGGACCCCGGGAUGACCCCGGCUCCUCCAGCGGGAACUGGAGCGCCGGCAGCAGUGGCUCUGGGCGACUGUCGCCCACCUCGGACACACCCCCAACCCCUUCCCGCUACGACUCAGCCGUCUCGCUGGUGCCACCGGGCCCUGGGGCCGAGUCCCUCCACCAGGUAAUGCCGGGGCCCAGCGGCGACGGGAGAAACUGGGGGACCGCGCCCCCACCCUCCCCCGGGUCUCCUGCCGCUGCUGCCACUCUCUGGAGCCGUCUGCCCUCGCCCUCAGAGGCUAGGGGUCAGCAGCGCCCAGGCGGACCCCCCGAGUACAGCGACCGCUCCCUGGGCCGCAGUAUCUCCCUGAAGAAGACCAAGAAGCCCCCUCUGCCCCCAGCACGCACCGACUCACUGCGCAGGAGGCCCAAGGGUGGGCAGCCCAUGCUGAGUGAGUCCCUGAUCGCCAGCCUGCAGCGCUCCCUGGAGGACAACUUCCGAGCUCAGGAGGGAGGCGUGGAGCCUUCCAGAAAAGGCCGAGAACCCUGGGCCACGGCUCUCCACGCCCAGAGCAGCUCCGGGGGUGACGGCAGCACCAACAGCAGUGGCCACUCCACGGCUGCCAGUCAUGCCUACACCACCAGCGCAGCAACCCCGUCACAGAGCGAGACCAGCAGCCUGCGCUCUGAGUACAGCGACCCCUGGGCCUAUUACCCCGAGGGGCAGCAACCCGGAGCCUGGGACUGUGGGCCGCCCGGGCCUGGAGCCUCGGUGGAGCCCAAAGGCCCAGGCCACGGUAUCACCUCGCCUUCGAGCGGCUAUGCCAGCCAGUGCAACACACCCACCACGCUGAACCCGGCGCCAGCCUUCCCCCACCGCACAUCGCCCAGGGCUGCCAAGCCAAAGUCAAGGCCAAAAGUCCCCGAGCGGAAAUCCUCGCUGCUCUCCUCCAUGUCAGCCUCAUCAUCAUCAGCCUCCCUCUCCUCAAACACCUCAGAUUCCCGGUUUCUCAGGACAGUGGGGUGCCCUGCUCCCUCAAACACUCCUGCGUUAUCACCCAUGGGUCCUGACCUUCACCUUCCCCCUCCUCCAGCACCCCCACUUUUCACCGUAUCCUCUCUCCCUCCUCCAGCACCUCCAUUAUCCACUUUAUUCCCUCAUUCUCCCCUUAUGACUCCUCCACCCCCUCUGACCAACCUGCCCCCUCCUCCACCCCCUCUGACCAACCUGCCCCCUCCUCCACCCCCUCUGACCAACCUGCCCCCUCCUCCAACCCCUCUGACCAACCUGCCCCCUCCUCCAACCCCUCUGACCAACCUGCCCCCUCCUCCAACCCCUCUGACCAACCUGCCCCCUCCUCCACCCCCACUGACCAACCUGGACCCUCCUCCUCCCCCUCUGACCAACCUGGACCCUCCUCCACCCCCUCUGACCAACCUACCCCAUCCUCCACCCCCUCUGACCAACCAGCUCCCUCCUGCGCCCCACUUGUCCAUCAUGACCCCUCCCGCACCCCCACCUCCCCUGUCCCUGGCUAUGGUGGCCUUUCCUACUGGCCCUCUAGAUCUGAAGGUGCCAGCCUGUGUGAAGGCCCCACCAUGUGGGAAAGAGCCCAAGACCUCAGGAGCCCAACCUGAGACCCACAAGCCAGCCCUGGGCCUUCCCGUCAUUACAGCCAGUGCUCUGCAGAAGGUGCAGCUGAGGUCAGUUAGGAAGAGUGAGCAGGGAGACCUUCCAGGCCAGGUGGAGGGACAGAGCCCCCAACUGAAACCACAGCCCGAACGGCCAGUGUCCCCUCCACCCUGGAAACCUGCUGUGCUACAGCGUCCUUCCUCCCUUGGUCGACUUGCCAAGGCCCACCCUGAGGCUCAUGUGGCCCCCAAUAACAGCCUAGCCCUCGGCCCUGAAAGCAAGGCCAGCCUCGUGGAGCGACCUAAAAUGUCAGCUCCCUCCGACAGGCCUGAGGCCUGGCCUGGAAACCAUCUCGAGCCCACAGCAGAGCUAGCCCGCUCUGCUCCCGCUGUCCAGGGCAAAGACGCUGGCACCAGGGUCAAUGCAGGGCCUGAUCAAGAGAGUGCUGUAAGCCCUACUGCCAAAUCACCCAGCAAAAUGCCCCCUCCCGUCGCCAGGAAGCCCAAGUUGACACUGAUCGUCCCACCGUCUCCGUGGAGCAGCUCCCCUGAGGGGAAACGGCCUCCAGCUACCCCAGAGCCAACAGCAGAGGACGUGACCAACACAGCAGCACCAUCUGCUGUGGGCGAUGGAGAACAGGCACCAGCACAGAGCGAGAUGUCUCUGGCAUCUGACCAGCCCAUUCAUCCGGCUGAUAGAGCCCAGGACCCAGUGCAGAGUGAGGCCUGGGAAGCUGAAGUGCAGAAGGUACUGGAUGAAAGCCAGAACAGUCCAGGCGUACGAGAUGAAACAGUAAUUGACAGCCCAAACAGUUGGGAUGGUGAGGAAAACAGCAGCAUAAUCAGCUGCCAGGAUAAGGACAUGGGUGAUGUGUUUGAGCCCAGCUCCCCUAACUUUACAAACAAUUACCAAUGGAGUAAUGAGGACCCAAGUAUUCCAAGCAGGCCCAGGACAACUGAGGACUUGUUUGCAGUGAUCCACAGGUCCAAGCGGAGAGUCCUGGGCAGGAAAGAUUCUGAGGACGAGCUCAGUAAGACUGUGCCACAUUCACCCCCCGUCACCCCCACGGGAAUGCCCUCCAGCCCCAGCAGCAUCAAGCAGGUUGGUUCCAUUCAGAGAAACCUGCGCAAGUCCAGCACCAGCAGCGACAGCUUCAAGGCCCUGCUCCUGAAGAAGGGGAGCAGGGUCGAGGCCGGAUCCCGCAUGUCAGCAGCCGAGAUGCUGAGGAGCACCGACCCCAGGCACCGGCCUCCCGAGUCACCGCCAGCGGACACCGCCCGGACAAACGGCUGGGGCCCAGCCGAGUGCCGCUCGCCGGGCCACCGGGCCAGGAACCCUCGCGAGGAGUGGGCCUCGCACGAGGGGCCAGUGCCCAGGGGAGCGGGGCAGGUGGGGGUUCGUCACGGGCGCUCACGGACACCGCCCUCUGCUCCGAGCAGCCGGUACGGCGCACGACACCUCCACUUGCACCGACUCCACAGCAGCCCGAUGACUGUCAUCCGCGAAGGGGAGGUCGAGAGCCUGGAGGUCACCGAGGGUCAUCGCGCCAGUGACGAGGGCCGGAGGCACAGCGAGGGAGACCUCGUCGGCUCGAACAGCCUGGCAGUGACCCAGGGGUCCAGGGCUGAUCAUGUCUGCAGCCCCGUGGACUCAGGUCCCACCUCAUGGAACCUUCUGGACUCGCUAAAAGAUGGGCCAGCAGACAUUCGCCCUGCCCGGACUGCUUUAGCAGAAGAAGGUGCAAACCAGGACUGGGACUCAUGAGAGACCAAGCAAGAACAGAGAGAGACUGAUUUUAUUCCCAUGUGUUUUAAUUUUCGUUUUAACGUCACGUCAAGUGCAAAGAGCCCCAGGCCAUUGAGGCAAAACCUAAAUGCUGAAGGCUCUGGGCUUGCCUGGUCCAUCAGGCUGAGCUUUCCAAAUGUGGGAGACUCGCCCGUGCACCAAAAUAGAGAGAGAGAGCGAGAGAUCUGCAUUUAAAUAGCACCUUUCACAACCUCAGGCAGCCUGCAGCACUUUGAAGCACUUUUCCAAGGUGUUGUAAAGCAAGGGUCAUUUGGAUUGGUGGGGGAUGGGUCACAGACAGCAAAGGCUGCUACACAGCAACAGGCCUUUUGUGAGUUGGGUGGGAGGAAAGGGGAGAUAGGCUGUCGGGUGAAGUUAGGAGGAAGAUUCUUUGGUAUUGGCACUUAAUCGAUGGGAAAGACAGAAUGAAAUGGAAGGAGAGACGGAGAAUGAUAGAGGAGAGAAUGAGACAGAGGACGACGAGGCCAAGGGAUUUCUGAAAGAUUUCUUUUCAGGCAGAAGUUUGUGUCCCUCUCAUUGGUUUAUCUGAGUGGAGCUGAGGGCGAGAGAGUUGCAGGGUUACUGCCCAGGUGGGUGAUGGGAGGGAGGUCCUGACUGAGGCAAUCAAAAGCAGCCCAAUAUCUCAAGCUCUGACAUUGGACAACGUGAAUGAGAUUUGGAGCGUUCUACUGAUCACUCACCUCUCUGUUCUGAGUGAAAGGAGGACAUACUGAGUAUUGGAAAAUGGAGGGUUGGGACUGGAUGGUCUGUAUGGUCCUUACAUGGUGAAUUAUUGGGUUCAAAUACAUUGGAGCAGCUGAACAGGAGGUCAGUCAUUUCUGUGGGUGAUAUCUCAGCUCAGUAAGUGAAGUAUUGUACUGUUAGUGAGUAGGUGCAUGUCACUCAACAGGGCCCAGAGGCAUUCACACUGAGAAGGAUCGGUGUUCCAUUAGCUGAGCCUGAAACAUUCGGGGUUGGUUUGAGUUCCCAAGGGGGAUGAGGUGGUGAGGCAGGGACUGGUUCCUGAAGGGCGGUGGGUUGGGGAGAAUCUCAGCUGCUGUUGCCACUUGUGAUGGGAUUUUUGGCUGGGAAGCAUGAAGGGGUGCCACAGGGCUCCCUCGUCGGUAGAGAGUCUAUGCUGUGCCAAACAGUUUGCCCCACUGUUACCAAGGAGAGAUGAGUUGGCCACUUGCUGCGAGGGUGGAAUCUCAGAAACAAGGAAGGAAAUUUCUGAAGAAGGGUCUAGGCCCGAAACGUCAGCCUUCCUGCUCCUCUGAUGCUGCUUGGCCUGCUGUGUUCAUCCAGCUCUACAUCUUGUUAUCAAGGAAAUUGAAAUCUUGGCUGCUUUACACACAUUCCUGAAUCCAUGCCAGUCCUCUCUUUUGCACCAACCGCCCCAUCCCCCCAAAUCCUGUUGCCACUGGGUUAGUAAAAUAGACCAGCAAGCUUCGUGACUGACUGGAGAAAGCCUUUUGUCUCCAUACUAACCCAAUCGUAGCCCAGUCCUGACUUUAGCAGACUGGUCAUGGAGCCCACAAAGGUGCUAGCUACAGUCAGUCAAGGACCGCCCUAGGGGGAUCCAGUCUGUUAACUCCCAGCUGUUGCAGGGCAGGGGUCAGUGCCAAUGCUGGGUGUUCACUCAUCUGUAUUGUGGCUGGUUGAAUCAUAGAAACAGGCCACACCGACCCUCCAAAGAGCAUCCCACCUAGACCCGUCCCCCCGACCCUUUCCCUGUAACCUUGCAUUUCACACAGCUAACACCCCUAACCUACACACAGCUGGACACUAUGGGCAAUUUAGCAUGGCCAAUCCACCUAGCCUGUCCACGUUUGGACUGUGGGAUGAAACCCGUGCAGGCACGGGAAGAAUGUGCAAACUCUACACAGUCGCCCAAGGCUGGAAUCGAACCUGGGUUCCUGGCGCCGUGAGGCGGCCGUGCUAACCACUGAGCCACAGUGCCAUCCUGUAGACUGUACAUCAACAUAUGGAAGUUGGGUAAAUUGAAUUUGCCAAGCUGUUGUCACCAGGUGUGAGUCUGCCACAGACGUACAGUUAAAAUGCUGUAAAAGCAAGGGCUGGCACAGACUCUGCCCACCCCUCGCUCAUUGGAGCUGAAUUCCUGGAUAAUUUAGCCGGAGCUAUAUCAAAUAGGGGUGGGGGCUAUUAGAUGGGGGCACGCUACGGUUGGUUUGAGUGGCCACCUCAGCAUGUGUAAGUGGGACAAAGAAGGCAGGCUUCCUCACCUUUAACACAGUGUAUCGUAUAACUGGAGGGACGGGAGGGAGUUGCUGCAGGAUGCAGUUGUGAUGCUUCUCAAGUCGAACAGCUUAAGUACAAUGGAGAAGAGAAACUAGUGAAGCUGGAAUAAUCACACGUGCAUCAAUGAGGAGGAGAAAAUGUGAGGGAGAUAUGGAAGAGAGUGGGAGACAGUUAAUUGCUGAUCACAACAAUAUUAUGGACUUAUACAUGUGACUUGAAUAUUCUAAAUCCUGUAACACUUGCUCAUUUUGUUACCAAAGAAAUGAAACCUUACCGACAACAGAAAGGUUCCCUACAGUAUUUUUUUGAGGAAACUUCAGAGACCUAUUAAAAAAUAAACCAUUUUGUCAUGUUUUCACAUUCUGCUGCACAAAUAAAGCCUUACAUUUUAAUCUAAAGUACGUUCACUCAUGUUUGGUGGCAGCACCAGUCGGGACUUAUCAAAGGGAAGAGAUGUUUGUUACUUGCAUUGUGAUCUUUCAACACUGUUUGUACAUGUACAGAGAUUGUAAAAUGCCCUUUUUUUGAGGGGUGGGGGGGUUUCUCUUUGUAAACACAAGUUUUGGAAAUGUGUACAUUUUAGUCUUUCUUGUUUUAACGUGGGAUGUUUGUAGAUUAUUUAUUUUAGUACAGAGAGCAGUGUGUGAAAAUUUCUUGUCUCCUUCCACUCGCUAAUGUGUCUGCUUUCACUGGGGCUGCAGGGAGGAGCACAAGCUCCUUUCUGUUCUAGUGGGGAUCUACUAGAAACACUGGGACUUUUAAGAAUGCCUUUUGUUUGUAGCCGGAGGGGAGAUAGCGGUUGCUGUGUUUUCACACUUCAAAUAAAGCAAGAUUUUCAGCUCA